AUGACACCUCCAUUUCAAUAUGUUACCGCACCGGGUUACGUUCACCUUGCUUCCUUUUUUCUCCUUAAGAUUGAGUCACUUGUUCAUCGCAAUAUUCAUACCAUUACUACCGUUAUUCAGUUUGAACAUUCAAGGAAUACUAGUAAUUUAGUAACAUCAACCCCUUCCAACACAAGAAUUCCAGAUAUGAUAAAUCCAGAUGCAUCUGCUAUUGGAAUGGGAACAUAUUCCGGAGUGGGAAUGGUUAGCAACUCCAUUAAUAAUGAAAUAGCAAAUGGUAAUGUGGCUUUAGAAGCUUCUAUGAAUGGAGCGGGAAGUGCCACAGGUAUUAAUAAUGGAAAGCCUAAAGUAUUAGAAAUGGCAGGACGCCGUUUCGUUGAAACAAUGGUUUCUAUCGUGGAAAACGGGGUUUUCCAGGAAAUGUGUAAUGUUUGGAUUAAGGCAGUGGUAAAAAGAACAAACUUAUAUGAUGUUGAAGGAGUUUUUUGUGAGGACAAUACUAUUAUUUCUUCAGAACCAACAACACCAAAUUCCGCUAAUACAUCAAUAUCGAGUGAUUCAUCUAGCUCACCUUUUUCACCCCCUAAUCUUACAAACAUACUCGAUAUUACAUUUUACAUUUCAUUGAUUAAUCUUCUUCUUAACAGAUCAGAUCAUACCAUCACCAUUUUACGAACAAUAAGUUUUAUUUAUACUCAAUUUUCUCUCUUAACUUCUCAACCAGCUCAUUUAAGACAACUGGUUAAACAAAUAAUAUUAGAUGAAGAGAUAUUUGAAAGGAUUGAUAUUGGAAAAAGUGAUGAAUCUAGGGAUUUCGAAGUCAGUGAUAGUGGAUUGAGUAAUGAAGAAGAUAUUGAGCAAUGUCACGAAUUUUUAUCCAAUUAUGAUGGAAAUUUUGAAGAUAUUGAACAGGUGUUAAAGGCAAAAAUUGCCGAAUCCACAGACGAUGCACCUGAUUUCAAUAAUAGUAUUCAAAGUGAGGAGGAUCAAUAUCAGGCUCAAUCUAGCGACAGGACUUCUCUUUUGUUAUCUUCGUCGACAAUUACUCCUGAUUCCAAAUCUUCAUCGUCUUCAAGUAAAAGCCGCAAACCUAAAAGAAAGAUGACAUUAAAGGAACUCAUCUCACCACAGUCUUCAUCUGGAAAGGAAAUGUCAACUGCUGCAUAUUUGUUUCGCAUGGUUUUCUCAAACGGGUCUAGCAAACAUUUAAAUCAUCUCAAAUCAAGUUCUGCAUCUUCAUCUAUUACAGAGGAUACACCAUCUAUUCUGACACGUACAACCAGUAAACAACCUUUGAAUUCACUUGUAUGGCAUUAUGCACCACGUAGACAUAUAUAUGUUGUGAAAGCUAUUGCGGAGUAUGAAGCAGUCAGUCAAGAAUAUGCUGAAUGCUUGGCAGUUGAAUACCCAAAAUAUUUUGGAAAUGGACUUGGAAAUUCUCCAAUAAUGUAG